AUGGCAAGCUUGGGAGAAUCAUCCUCAGAGAUGGAAGGCGCGCACCCACCGGCGAUUCCACAACCUUCGCCGGAGCAGAAUCUGAUUUCUUCGAUUCCAAGUGCUAAGAUCGCGACGACGACGGUUGAAAAUGCGGCUUCCUGGAUCGACGACGCGAUGCGUGAGGCGCUGGUGUACCAGAAAACCAUCCUGGAGUCACUGGACUCUACCAUUGACGCCUCCAAGUCUCGAUUGUCUCAAAUUCGUGACACUUCCGUGGCUCACACGAGCCAAACCAUUGAUUCUCUUAAAGACAUUGCUUCUGAGUAUAACGUUUACGAGCAAAUGGUAUUUGGGAAGAUUAAAGAGGGUGUAAACCUUGCUGCAUCUCGUCCGGUAAUAUCAGGCACAUUAGCUUUUGGAGUUGGGAUUUUUGCUCUUAAAAAGACGAGACGAUUUGUAUAUCACAGUACUUUACGCAUGUUCUUAAGCGAAGAGGCUUUGCUUGCCAGAGCUGAUCUUAAAGUAAAAGAGUUGAGACAAUCAAUGGAUCGUCUCAAAGCCGAAAGUGACAAGUUAGAGAGAGUUGCAACUGUGGCAGAAGAGGAGUUUACUAGAGGAAGGACGAAACUCAGACAAGCCGGCAUGCAGAUCCGAGGUGCGAUCCGCUCAGCUUAUAAGAUUGAAAAGCAAGCAGCAGGUUUGAAAGAUGUACUAAAAGAAUUGCCAACGAGAGAAGCUUCUCGAUUCCGCUCUCUAAUAUCGAGCCGUGCCUCUGAAACGAAGCAAGAGAGAAACGCUUUGGCAAAGGAAGUGAACAAGAUCAGCAACUACGGUAUCUCCGUAUGA